CCGGGCACCACGGCGCCGGUGGGCCCCGGUGCUCCCCGGUGUCCGUGCCUACGGUAGCCCGCAGGAAAUCACAGAGGGAAAUCACUUUAACUCACCAACAGAUGUGGUUUUGAACUUGAAUAUUCGGAGAUGCGUUAGGAUUCAGAGACCUCCCUUUGCUUAAGGUAUGGUGUGAAUAUGCGUUGCUUGGCAGCUCGGGUCAACUACAAGACUCUGAUCAUCAUCUGCGCCCUCUUCACGCUGGUGAUGGUGCUGCUGUGGAACCGAUGCUCCUCCGACAGAGCCGGCCCAUUCCCCCGCAGCCUGUCCGGCCCCGAGCGCCGAGCUGCAGCCCCUGAGAGCGAGGAGGCAUCCCCCCAAGAGCAGCAGAAGGCUCCCCCCAUUGCAGGGGGCUUCAACAGAGCCCCGGGGCUGAAGUACGAGGAGAUAGACUGUCUGAUCAAUGACGAGCACACCGUGAAAGGGAGGAGGGAAGGCAACGAGGUCUUCCUGCCGUUCAGCUGGGUAGAGAAAUACUUUGAGGUUUAUGGGAAAAUUGCUCAGUACGAUGGUUAUGACAGGUUUGAAUUCUCUCAUAGCUACUCCAAAGUAUACACACAGCGAGCACCUUACCACCCCGAUGGGGUCUUCAUGUCCUUCGAGGGCUACAACGUGGAGGUUCGGGACAGAGUGAAGUGCAUAAGUGGUGUUGAAGGUGUGCCAUUAUCCACACAGUGGGGCCCUCAAGGCUAUUUCUACCCCAUCCAGAUUGCACAGUACGGGUUGAGUCACUACAGUAAGAACCUGACUGAGAAACCCCCUCACGUGGAGGUGUAUGAAACAGCUGAAGAGAAGGACAGGGCCAGCAGGGCUGCGGAGUGGACGGUGCCCAAAGGCUGCUCCCUGUCCACAGUGGCUGACAGAGCCAAGUUCACCAGUGUCAAGCAGUUCAUCGCUCCAGACAGCACCGAGGGGAUAUCUCUGCAGCUGGGGAACACCCGGGAUUUUAUCAUUUCCUUGGAUCUCAAAUUCAUCACGAACGGGAGCAUUUCCGUGGUCCUUGAGACAACAGAGAAGAACCAGCUCUUCACCGUGCACUACGUCUCCAACAACCAGCUCAUCGCCUUUAAGGACCGGGACAUCUACUAUGGCAUCGGCCCCAGGACUGCCUGGAGCACCCUCACCAGGGACCUGGUGACCGACCUGCGCAAAGGGGUCGGGCUCUCCAACACGAAAGCUGUGAAGCAGACCAAAAUCAUGCCCAAGAGGGUGGUGAGGCUGGUGGCAAAGGGCAGAGGCUUCCUCGACAACGUCACUAUCUCGGCCACUGCUCACAUGGCAGCUUUCUUUGCUGCCAGCAACUGGCUGGUGAGGAACCAGGACGAGAGGGGUGGUUGGCCCAUCAUGGUGACGAGGAAGCUGGGGGAAGGCUUCAAGUCCUUGGAGCCGGGCUGGUACUCGGCCAUGGCACAAGGACAGGCCAUCUCAACACUGGUGCGGGCUUACCUGCUGACCAAAGAGCCCGCGUUCCUGAGCUCGGCUCUGCGUGCCACAGCACCCUACAAGCUGCCAUCGGAGCAGCGCGGUGUCAAAGCGGUCUUCAUGAACAGGCAUGACUGGUAUGAGGAGUACCCGACCUCCCCCAGCUCCUUUGUGCUCAAUGGCUUCAUGUACUCCUUGAUCGGGCUCUAUGACUUGAAGGAAACGGCCGGGGAGAAGCUGGGGAAGGAGGCGCGGGUGCUCUAUGAGCGGGGCAUGGAGUCCCUCAAGGCCAUGCUUCCCCUCUACGACACCGGCUCAGGGACCAUCUAUGACCUCCGGCACUUCAUGCUGGGCACUGCUCCCAACCUGGCCCGCUGGGACUAUCACACCACCCACAUCAACCAGCUCCAGCUCCUCAGCACCAUCGACGAGUCGCCCAUCUUCAAGGAGUUUGUCAAGCGAUGGAAGAGCUACCUGCGAGGUGGGCGAGCAAAGCACAACUAGAGCUCCCAACCAAACCCAUGGCUCCUGCUGCCUCCCGGAGCUGCAGCAUCCAAGGUGGCAUCCUGCUUUUUAUUAUGGACGUGUCAAAGAAGUGAUCCUUAAAACUGAUCUCGGGAAAUCAUUGCAUUCCAGCCUGAAAACAUUUGGGUCUGAUGGAGUCGGAAGCUUCAGCCUGUUCUUGGUGCUCCACAGAGUGAAACCACCUGCACGAAGCAAAGUGCUUAUGUGCACCUGAGGUUGGGGAUGGGUUUUGGUCGGGGUUGUCUUUUCCUUUUGUUUGCAGAAGCCAUACAGGUCUCUGAAGUCAGCACUUGCCUGAAGCAUUAGUCUAUGGCCUCUUAAAACAGUUAUCAGUGUCUGUGUUGGAGCAGGGUGCGUGGUGUAACACCAUCAGUGUGUAUUAACUCAUAGCCUGGGUGGUGGUCAGUGUAUCUUUUUAAAGGUGUGUUUUUAACACAGGUCCUAUUGGGAUGAAAAUACCCAUUAGUAUGAUUUCCCCCCUAUUCUCUGUGUGGAGGUCCUGUAGCUGGCUGGUUCCUACACAGACAUGGGGACAGCAGCAUGCCAGGCUUCGGAGUCCCGUCACGUAAGCACAACCCGGUGGGACUGCACAAAGCCUGCAACCCCCUUUUGUAAAGCCAAACUCACCAUCACCCAUCAGGUUUGCCUGGGUACCUGGGAUCUCCCAUCGUGGUGCCCUAUGGCUUGUGCUGUGGGUUUUAAUUGCAUCUGAGAGGCUCUCAUCUGAGCUUUGGCAACUUCAUUCUUCGGGAGACUUGAAUUGCUGGGUGUGAUGUGGAGCUCACGGAGCAGGGUACAGGAAGCUUGGUUGGAAUGGAUGAAGGGUUUCCUAUGGGGGGUUUCAUUUUUAACCUGCUUGAGGUUAAAAAUCAAGCAUCUUAAGAAGGAAAACCACCCCAGAGGGCUUUCCAGCUCCACUUGUGCUUUAAUACCAAGUUUCACCUCUGUGUACUGUCUUACUCAAUGGUGUAAGGGGUCACUGCAUCUCCAGCAGUGGCUUUGGGGUGUGCUUUGUCUUUGUGGCUCUGCCAGGCGAGCAAGGGGACCCGUGCAAUAACCCAAUACACGCAUCCAAACCCAGAUGCUUCCACCACCCUGUGGCAAUGCAGAAGAAAGCAGGGGCUUGCUUCUUCCUGCUUCCCAGCCCUUGACACCCACCUCUUCUUCAGCUGGCAGUGUCCUGGUUGAUCCUAUUACAUGUUGUACAUGUAGGUGUGGGUUAAGCUGAAGCUGUGCACGCUGAGGAUGAAGCUCGGUCGCAUCGUGGUUCCUUUUCCCUUGUUUUUGAUGCUUUCUCUGUUUCUCGCAGGCGUUUCGUUACUUGAUCUUUGCAGAUGCAUGCUGUGAUCGUGUCAGUUCAUGGGAGGAGUGAUCUCACAGGAGGAGUUUCAAUACCAAAGGUAGCAGAGGUGAAUUUGUCACGUCCAUGUGAAUACACACGCACACACACACACAUAUGAACCCCAGAAUGUGCUUCCUUGGCAAACACAUCUUUCUCCUGCACGUUUCCUCCUUCUUUUGCCCAUUUUGGCUUUGGGGGAUCUAGAGAGACUUGGGCACUGCUCAAGAGAUGGUUUUGGUGCCUUAUGGAGGCCAUCACUUCCUUGUUCUGUUGUUCCAAUGAAUCCCAGUUGGCAGACUGCAGUGUUGCUCUCAGCCCGGUCCCUGUUGGAUGGGUGAGCUCAGAAGCAUGGGUUGGCCAUGCCAGCACCAUCGUGAUGUCAAACCACCUUAUCCUUAACACCUCCAUUGCGUUCUUGUUGGCCUUAGCACUCGUGUAACUCAAAGCAACCACCACCAGAGGUUGCAGCACCCAACAGAGGUAGUGUGGGGGUUCUCCUGUUCCUGCUUUUAGUUCAGUUGUGCAGUGGGAGAGGAUUCUUGGCCAUUGGUGCCCAUAAUUUCAUCAAAUUCACUUAAUUUUGGGGUUUUUUUGUAUGUUUUCGGGCUUAAACUGACAAAGGCCUUGGGGAUUAAGCCCUAUUGAGUCUUUCCCUGGGGUUUACUGUACAUAGACUUCAUUGGAAGCGUGGGUAUGUGCGACCCAGUGACACACAAGCACAAGUGUACAAGUGUGGCAGUGCUCUUUCCCUCAUCGUGCAAGACAUUCACUGAAAGCUGCUAUUUCCAUUCACCUUGUAGUUGUCCUUUAGGGUUUGUUUUCUACGUUUCCUUUCUUACAUGUGGGGUAUCCACCAUGUGUUAAAUAUGCAAUAAAUUGUUUACAGGAUGCUCUUGUGAAGGGUAGUCCUUUGUAAAGCUGUACAGACUUUGCAGUUUAAGCACAAUGUGCACACGUUAGUUUUCUAUACAGCCAGACAUGACUUUUUGCAGCGAGAAAGGUUCUACUAUGUUUCUAUACAAAGUAAAUGGCUCAACGUUUGUUUGUGCUUCAUGUAAAGCUGCUUUAUAAGACUGUAAAAUAAACCUUUUUUAUCUUAAGACAGA